AUGAAGAUUUUAUUAAUUAUCGGUUCUACUGGAGUUGGCAAAACAGACUUGUCAAUAAAUUAUUCAAAAAAAUAUAAUGCCCCUGUUGUAGUUUUAGAUAGAAUUCAAUGUUUUCCAGAAUUAAGUAUUACAUCUGGUAGACCCGAUGAAAGCGAAUAUUUUGGUAGUAAAAGGAUUUACUUAACCGAUUUAUUGGUAGAACCAGGGAAUGAAAAUAUAAAAAAAACUUUUUAUGUUAAUAAAUUAAUAAACAUUUUAAAUGAAAUAAAGAAUAAUUAUGACACCCAAAAUUUACCAAAUGAAAAGGGUUAUGGCUGUAUAUUUGAAGGAGGCUCAAUAAGUUUGUUAAAAGAGCUACUCACAAAAAUUAAUAAACUUCCCUAUAAAAUCACCUGUGUAAUAUAUAUUAGACCCAGCGAUUCCAUUGAUAAUCAUAAAUUAUAUAAAGCUAAAAUUUUUAAAAGAGUCUCUCAAAUGUUAUUCCCAACAGAAGAAGGAAAUGACUCUCAAAUUUUAGAAGUUAAAAGAAUUUUAAAUAAAGGUAAAACUGUUAAUGCUCAAGGAGAAAUUAAUUUAGAAUAUUAUGAAAAAAUUAAACAAGUUUUAAUAUCUUUAGUUGGUUUGGUUGGUAUUGAAGAUGUUAUUCACUUUUUAGAUAAGCAAUAUGAUCAGAAAAAUAUAACAUCAAAGUUGGAUCCAAAUUAUUUAAAUGAAAUUCAAUCACAAUUGAUUGAAACUAUAACAUUGGCUCACUAUAAUUAUGCACUAUCACAAAUUGAAUUAAUCGAUAGCUUGAUUAAACAAUUACCAAAAUCAAUUGAAUAUUGUUUAAAAAAUAUUGAAAUUAAUUAA